GGCUACUGCGCCACCCACGGCAUCUGCGGCCGCCGUGCCGACGGCGACCCGCUCAGCUGCCCCAGCAACACCCCCGCGCAGCCCCUCAACGCCACCGCGCUGCAGAAGCUGCAGGCGGUCUGUCCGCAGCUAGCUGCGGAGGUGGGGGGCACCGACUACUGCUGCACCGAGGAGCAGCUGGACCAGCUGCAGGCGCAGAUCCAGGUGGCGUCCAUCUUCCUGGUUGGCUGCCCCGCCUGCAACCACAACUUCAAGCACUUCUUCUGCCUCCUCACCUGCUCGCCAGACCAGGCCACCUUCGCAAACGUGACGGCGGUGCAGCCCGCGGCAGACACCGGCGCCACCGCCAUCGCAGAGGCAGACUACUUUGUGGCAGCCUCCUUUGGCGCCCGCUUCUUCGCCAGCUGCAAGGAUGUGGUGUACCCGGUGAUGAACCAGAGGGCCAUGAACUUUGUGGGCGGCGGCGCGCGCAACUUCCAGGAGUGGUUUGACUUCAUCGGCCUGGUCAAGGACAAGCGCUUCCCUCCCACGGGCGCCCCCUACCAAAUGGACUUCCCCCCCGGGGAGCAGGCGCCAGAAAACAUGACGGCUCUGGAUGGAUUCAUCCCGUCGUGCGGCGAGGGCGCGCUGGCCUGCUCCUGCGGCGACUGCCCCUCGGCGCCCGGCUGCGAGCCGCCGCCGCAGCCGCCGCCGCCCGAGCCGGCCGGCUGUCCCGCGCUGGGCACCUCCUGGCUGACCUGUCGCGACCUGUCACUGGCUGCUCUCUACCUGGGCCUGCUGGCCUGCCUGCCGCUGGUGGUGCGCCUGUCCAAGGACCAGCUGGCGCAGAGUCGCGAGUGGCGGCGCUCGCAGGCAGCCAUGGCGGCGGCCGCGCCAGGCGGCGCUGCCGCAGGCAACGGCAGCGAGCCGCUGCUGGGAGGAGCCGGCGGCAGCUCCGCUGAAAUAGAGGAGGACGGGGGCGGAGGCAGGGAGGAGGAGGAGCCGGAGGAGCUGAUUCAGUGGCCCGCUGCGGAGCAGCUGCUGCGCCGCUGGUUCUACCGCCUGGGCCGCUGCUGCGCGCGGCGCCCCGCCCUGGUGCUGGCCGCCAGCCUGCUGCUGGUGGGGGCCUGCGCCCUGGGCCUCACGCGCCUCAGGGUGAUGACCGACCCUCAAGAGCUGUGGGUGGGGCCCGGCUCGCAGGCGGCGCAGGAGAAGGCGGCAUACGAGGCUGCCUUUGGCCCCUUCUAUCGCAUCACCCAGCUCAUCCUCAGCACCACCCCAGCCGCCAACUCCUCCACAGCCACACCCUCGGGCCUGCCUGCCAUCGUGACGGAUGAGCACAUCCGCCUGCUGUUUGACAUGCAAGACGAGAUAGACGCCCUGUCAGCCAGCUACGACGCCCCCGGCAGCGCCGGUGACGGCGGCGGCGGCGGCAGCUGGAACGUCACCCUGGCUGACGUGUGCCUGGCGCCGCUGGGGUCCGCCUGCGCCACGCAGAGCGUGCUGCAGUACUGGGGCAUGAGCCGGGACGUGUUUGAGCACGGUGAGACCUUCCUCCAGGCUGCCCUCUGCAUGCAGUCGUGCCCCGCCAAGGUGCGGCACUGUUGCCGCAGCGCGCUGGGCGGCCCCACCGACCCGCACCUGGUACUGGGCGGCUUCCCCACAGAUGCCGCCACCUUCCGCAACUACACCGCGGAUGCCACCGCCUUUGUGGUCACCUUCCCCAUAGAUUCACACGCCGCAAACAGGGGCGCGGCGCUGGCCUGGGAGGCGGCCUUUGUGGAGCUGGCAUCCGGCCUGCUCAGCGAGAUGGCUGAGGGGGUGGGCCUGCGCCUGUCCUUCUCCACAGAGCGCUCGGUGCAGGAUGAGCUGGCACGGGAGAGCGGCUCAGACGCCCCCACCGUGCUCCUGUCCUAUCUCGUCAUGCUGCUGUACAUUGCCGUGGCGCUGGGGCGCUUCCCGCGGGGCGCCGACUGGCGCGACGUGCUGAGCCCGCCCUGCCUGCUGCCCUGCCUCCCCUGCAGGGCCGCGCUGGGGCUGGGCGGCGUGCUCAUCGUGGCCGCCUCUGUGGUCGGCUCUCUGGGCCUGUGCAGCUGGGCGGGCAUGAGCGCCACCCUGAUCAUCAUGGAGGUCAUACCCUUCCUGGUGCUGGCAGUGGGCGUGGACAACAUGUUCAUCCUGGCUGCCGCGCUGCAGCGGCAGCCAGAGACGCACCCGCUGCCGCACAGGCUGGGCCUGGCGCUGGCGGCCGUGGGGCCCAGCAUCACCCUGGCAGGCCAGUGGGCGGGGCGGGCCGGAGGGCUGGGCUUUGCAUCCUGCGAGGUGGUGGCCUUUGCCCUGGGAGGCCUCACCUCCAUGCCCGCCCUGCGCAACUUCUCCAUCUGCGCCUCGCUGGCGGUCCUGCUGGACUACCUGCUCCAGGUCACCGCCUUUGUGGCGCUGCUGGCACUGGAUGCCAGGCGGCUGGAGCAGGGGCGCUACGACUGCAUGCCAUGGGUCAGGUGGGGCAGGGGGGGGCAGGCGCUGUGGAGCUGGCGCUACGACACGCGCUACGUGGGCGUGUCGUCUGCGCUGCGCUCCUACAUGCGCCGUGUGCACGCGCCGCUGCUGGCCCGCCCCGCUGUCAAGGCGGCGGUGCUGGCGCUGUUUGGCGGCAUGUUCCUCCUGUCCUGCGCGCUGCUGCCGCGCCUGGAGAGGGGCCUGGACCAGAGCGUAGCGCUGCCGCGAGACUCUUACCUGCAACGCUACUAUGCAGACGUGGUGGGCCCUCCCGUCAUGUUUGUGGUGCAAGGGCUGAAUGUGAGCGAGGGCGCGCCGGAUGUGGGGCGCGUCUGCUCCGUGGCCGGCUGCGACCCAGACUCGCUCCUCAACCAGGCAAGCCGGCGCAGCCAGCCAGCCAAGCAGCCUACCUGCCCAGCCUGCCAGUCCUCCUGGCUCGACGACUUCCUGACCUGGGCCUCGCCAGAGAUACCGCAGGCAAGCAGUGGCAGGGCCUGCUUGCGCCUCCUCACCGUGCUGCAGUGCUGCCGCCAGGACGCAAACGGCACGCGCUGCCCGCCGCCCGACCAGCCGCCCUGCUCCGACUCGCCCGAUGCCUGCGCCGACUGCACGGCAUGCUUUGCGCCCUCAGACCUGCCGGGGGGGCGGCCCGACCUGCAGCAGUUCCAGGACAAGCUGCCCUGGUUCCUGGACUCGCUGCCCUCGGCUGCCUGCGCCAAGGGCGGCGCCGGCGCCUACACAGACGCCAUCCAGGCCCGUCGCCGCCACCUGCACCCAUAUGCCUGCCGCAGGAGCAGCAGCAUCGGCAGCAAGCCCGCAUACGCUGUGCGCGCCUUCACCGCGUCUGCCUCGGAGCGGCUGGGCCUGCGCCUGCUUCCCUACUCGGUCUUCCACAUCUUCUUCGAGCAGUACCUCACCAUCGGCGGCGAGGCGCUCACGCUGCUGGGCUCGGCCUGCGUGGCCAUCUUCCUCAUCUGCCUGGCCGCCACGGGCAGCCCCUGGAGCGCCACCCUGAUCGUACUCACGCUGUGCAUGCUGCUGGUGGAUGUCAUGGGCUUCAUGGUGCUGGCAGGCAUACAGCUCAAUGCGGUGUCCCUGGUGAAUCUGGUGAUGUCUCUGGGGAUAGGCGUGGAGUUCUGCGCGCACCUGGUGCACGCCUUC